GAGAGGGAGAGAAGAGGAGAGGAGGAGGAGGAGGAGGGAGAAGGGAACAACCUACCAUCUUAACACACUAAUAUCUAAAAAGUGCGAGAGGCCCAGAGCAGCAGCAGAAGCAGCAGCAGCAGCUCCAGCUUCUUCCCUCCCUCCCCAUGAAGAAGAGUUCCCUCCUCCUCCUCCUCCUGCUUCUCCUGCUCAGAGUUCCUGCCUCCAGCUGCCAGGGGGGACAACCAGCCAGCAGCAGGAGGGGAGCAAGAGAGCUGAAGGAGAGCCCGUUUCCCCAAAAUUGCUGCAGUGAGAAGAGGAGUUUGUUAUUUUAAACGGAGGCUGAAGAAACUGUAGAAUUAGCAGACAUAAGAGAAAGUGGAGAAGGUGGAGGAUGGAGUUGCAGACUCUACAGGAGGCUCUUAAAGUGGAAAUUCAGGUUCACCAGAAACUGGUUGCUCAAAUGAAGCAGGAUCCACAGAAUGCUGAUUUAAAGAAACAGCUUCAUGAACUCCAAGCCAAAAUCACAGCUUUGAGUGAGAAACAGAAAAGGGUAGUUGAACAGCUGCGGAAGAACCUGAUAGUAAAGCAGGAACAACCGGACAAGUUCCAAAUACAGCCAUUGCCACAAUCUGAAAACAAACUGCAAACAGCACAGCAACAGCCACUCCAGCAGCUCCAGCAGCAGCAGCAGCACCACCACCACCACGCCCAGCCGGCUGCACCCUCUCCCAGCCUGACCGCUUCACAGAAGACUGUAACUACAGCUUCUAUGAUUACCACAAAGACACUACCUCUCGUCUUGAAAGCAGCAACUGCGACCAUGCCUGCCUCUGUUGUGGGCCAGAGACCUACCAUUGCUAUGGUGACCGCCAUCAACAGUCAGAAGGCUGUGCUCAGCACUGAUGUGCAGAACACACCAGUCAACCUCCAGACGUCUAGUAAGGUCACUGGGCCUGGGGCAGAGGCUGUCCAAAUUGUGGCAAAAAACACAGUCACUCUGCAGGUUCAGGCAACACCUCCUCAGCCCAUCAAAGUACCACAGUUUAUCCCCCCUCCUCGACUCACUCCACGUCCAAACUUUCUUCCACAGGUUCGACCCAAGCCUGUGGCCCAGAAUAACAUUCCUAUUGCCCCAGCACCUCCUCCCAUGCUUGCAGCUCCUCAACUUAUCCAGAGGCCCGUCAUGCUGACCAAGUUCACCCCCACGACCCUCCCUACCUCCCAGAAUUCCAUCCACCCCGUCCGUGUCGUCAAUGGGCAGACUGCAACCAUAGCCAAAACGUUCCCCAUGGCCCAGCUCACCAGCAUUGUGAUAGCUACUCCAGGGACCAGACUCGCUGGACCUCAGACUGUACAGCUUAGCAAGCCAAGCCUUGAAAAACAGACAAUUAAAUCCCACACAGAAACAGAUGAGAAACAAACAGAGAGCCGUACCAUCACUCCACCUGCUGCACCCAAACCAAAACGGGAGGAGAACCCUCAGAAACUUGCCUUCAUGGUGUCUCUAGGAUUGGUAACACAUGACCAUCUAGAAGAAAUCCAAAGCAAGAGGCAAGAGCGAAAAAGAAGAACAACAGCAAAUCCAGUAUACAGCGGAGCAGUCUUUGAGCCAGAGCGUAAGAAGAGUGCAGUCACAUACCUGAACAGUACAAUGCAUCCUGGGACCCGGAAGAGAGCCAAUGAGGAACACUGGCCAAAGGGUGAUAUCCAUGAGGAUUUUUGCAGCGUUUGCAGAAAAAGCGGCCAGUUGCUUAUGUGUGACACGUGUUCCCGUGUGUAUCAUCUGGACUGCUUAGACCCUCCUCUGAAAACGAUUCCCAAGGGCAUGUGGAUCUGUCCCAGAUGUCAGGACCAGAUGCUGAAGAAGGAAGAAGCAAUUCCAUGGCCUGGAACUUUAGCAAUUGUUCAUUCCUAUAUCGCCUACAAAGCAGCAAAAGAAGAAGAGAAACAGAAAUUACUUAAAUGGAGUUCAGAUUUAAAACAAGAACGAGAACAACUAGAGCAGAAGGUGAAACAGCUCAGCAAUUCUAUAAGUAAAUGCAUGGAAAUGAAGAAUACCAUCUUGGCCCGGCAGAAGGAGAUGCACAGCUCCCUGGAGAAGGUAAAACAGCUGAUCCGCCUCAUCCACGGCAUCGACCUCUCCAAACCUGUAGACUCUGAGGCCACUGUGGGGGCCAUCUCCAACGGCCCGGACUGUACCCCCCCUGCCAACGCCGCCACCUCCACGCCGGCCCCCUCCCCCUCCCCCCAGAGCUGCACAGCGAACUGUACCCAGGGGGGCGAGACUAAAUAACAGAGCCCCGCCAGGAGAAGCCGCGGGCUCCCGGCGGCCAGGAGAGCAAAAACACUGAAGACUCUAGAAAAGCAAAGCCGGAUUUCUUCUGGAAAGUACAGAAUUCUUUUGGUUCUUUGGUUCCAGAGAGAGAGAAGAUGCUUGUGCCAGGUGGCACCGGAGUUUGCCAAUUGAUCCUUCUUAUUCUGUGUGUACAUGCAAAGAUUGGACCAUGUUACAUGAAAUAGUGCCAGCUGGAGGUUCUUUGCCAGCACCAUGCCAAGUGAAAUAAUAUAUUUACUCUCUCUAUUAUACACCAGUGUGUGCCUGCAGCAGCCUCCACAGCCACCAUGGGUUUGUUUGCGUUUUGUUGGGUGGGGAGCAGGGACGGGCGGAGGGAGGAGAGCAGGUUUCAGAUCCUUAUUUGCCGAGCCGUUUGUUUAGGUAGAGAAGACAAGUCCAAAGAGUGUGUGGGCUUUCCUGUUUCUAAACUUUCACUACUAUAAAACCAAAAAAAAGGAAAUCGAGAUUUAACCAACCCCAGUGCCCAGAGGAGGGAUGGGAGGGAAUGGGAGGGAGCCGGGGUGGGAAAAGUCUAUCAAAUAAGCAGUAUUUCCUAUUGUCUGGGGUGGGGCACAAUGCACGGGGAAGUGGACGCCGAGGACAGCCUCGGGGUCCUUCUCCCGCACGCUCCGCCUCCCGCCCCAGGCGCCCCCACCACUCCCGGCGUUCCUUCCCCCGCUUUGGCAAAUUGGCGCGCAUCCCCGUGGAUGAUCCGGUUACCUUCCCUCUCCAAGAACAGGCAAGAGGCCUGCUUGGCGGGCCAUUGCCCGGGGCAGGGAAGAAGGGUGUGUGUGUCCAGGAAGGAAAACAAGGUGGAUCAGUGAUUUUUACUUGAAAACAAGCUCCAUCCCUUUUCUAUAUUUAUAAGAAGAGAAGAUUCUGAGCGAAGCAGCACGCGACCCAGGUGUGUGUGAAUUGAAUGGAGAUGUUUCUUUUCUCUUUUUUUAAAUUUUUGUUUUGUUUUGUUUUCUUUAAGAAAAAAGUUUUAUUUUGUUGUUUAUUUUACUUUUUUGGUAACAAAAACUAAAAUAAGGAAUAGAAAAGCUGUUUUUCAGGCUGACAGUCAAUUAAGGGUAGUCGAGGCCGUGCAUGGUAGAAUAGGAAUCAUAGUGUCAGUGAGGUCCAGUGAGUCCGUGUGAGUCCUUGUGUCAUCGUUCGGGGCACUGUUUUUUAUGCAAGGGCAAAAAUCUUUGUAUCUGGGGAAAACAACAACAACAACUUUUUUUUAAAUUAAAAAGGAAAAUAAAAGAUAUUGAGGUCUUCCUAGUGUUACUUAAAUUAAGAUCAAGGUAAGAAACAUUGUAAAAAAAAAAAUUACAAAAGUGCUAUUUGUUUCCUAAAAACAGUGAUUUCUAUUAAAAAGGUGUCAGAACUGGAGAAAA